UCAUUAAGUGUCAUAACUAUUACCCUACACGUGCAACAGAUUUCGCUUCAAUGUUUUAAAAACAUUGCCGUCCAUUAAAUCUAUUCUAUUCAACAAAUAUAUGUAAAUGUUUACUGCAUCAUAAAAAUGGGCAAAAAAGUUCACAAUGCCAAAGCGCGAAAAAAUCCACAAACGAUUGUAGACAAUUCCGGAGUUAAAAAGAUUCAAAUAGAUGUAGACUCUGUGGCCGGGGGCGCGGGCAGGGGUAGCGGAAUCGGCGCUGGCUACGAUGAGGCUAAUGCCUUGGUGCUGCCCUCACAGAAGCGCGCAACCAAGACUGUAGUUGGGAAGACGCAGAAUGUGAAGAUCCUGACUAAGAAGCAGCGCAAGCACCUGCAGGCGAUUGUAGACAAGAAGAAGAAAAAGGAAGGCCGAGCCCAGCUGCUAGAAGACUUGGCAUCUGUACAAAUACCUGACGCUGAGCUCCAGCAGUAUACAUCCAUCACCCAGGUGCAAACGGUGGGUCUGAAGCGCCUGCAAACUCUGGACGACUACUUGGCCAAGAAGAAGGAACGGCAGGCUCAAGCGCAGGCCGAGAAAACACCCAGGAGUCGUGUGAACGCCAUCAAGGGGGCAGCCAAGCGUAAACUGCUUACCGAGGAGCAGGAGGAGCUGGAUGCCAAGCGAAAGAAUCCUAAUAUAAUUAGCUUAAAAGAAGACGACGAAGAGGAGAGUGCCUCUUCGAGUGACGAUGAUGAAUCUGCAGCAGAACAUUCACCAGAACCUGCGGAUGGUCUCACUCUAUCAGAAAUAGAGCCCACGACCGUACCAGUGAAAGAAGACCGCAUACCCAAGAACGAAGACCCGAAACCUGUUGCUGCCACACCCAAAUGCAGCCAUCAAACAGUUUACGUCCCCGUGAAUCGCAUGGAUAAGGUGCAGGAGGCACGUUUGCGCUUGCCUAUCCUCGCAGAGGAGCAGCAGGUGAUGGAGACGAUCAACGAGAAUCCCAUUGUGAUUAUAGCCGGUGCGACGGGCUCGGGAAAAACGACCCAGCUGCCGCAGUUCCUUUACGAGGCAGGAUACGCCCAGCACAAGAUUAUCGGGGUAACCGAGCCGCGGCGAGUGGCUGCCAUAGCCAUGUCAAAGCGUGUGGCUCACGAGAUGAAUCUCUCGGAGCGCGAGGUAUCCUACCUCAUACGUUUCGAGGGCAACGUGAGUCCGGCCACUCGCAUAAAGUUCAUGACGGACGGCGUCCUGAUGAAGGAGAUCGAGAGCGACUUUCUGCUAAACAAAUAUUCUGUGAUUAUUCUGGACGAGGCGCACGAGCGCAGUAUCUACACGGAUAUCCUCGUGGGACUGCUGUCCCGCAUAGUUCCCCUGCGACACAAGCGCGGAAGUCCCCUCAAGCUCAUAAUCAUGUCUGCCACGCUCCGCGUCACCGACUUCACAGAGAAUACGCGGCUGUUCAAGCAGCCCCCGCCGCUGAUCAAUGUAGAGUGCCGCCAGUUUCCCGUCACCAUCCACUUCCAGAAGCGCACCCCCGACGACUACGUGGCCGAGGCAUACCGCAAGGCACUGAAGAUACACAACCAGCUGCCUGAGGGCGGGAUUCUCAUCUUCGUGACUGGCCAGCAAGAGGUCAAUCAGCUCGUGCGCAAGCUACGUCGAACUUUUCCCUGUCGUCCCACAGACAAAAACGGCGAUCUGGAUCACGACUCUGAUCCCGUGAAGCAGAAAGAAGCAAAGGAGAAUAUGCAAAAUGAAUCUGCGGAGGACCUUAAGGAGCUGGAACUUGAAUUUGAUAUGAAGCGUGUGAUUCGCAAUAUCCGCAAGUCCAAGAAGAAGUUCCUCGCUCAGAUGUCCCUACCAAAGAUCAACCUGGACGACUACAAGCUGCCCGGCGACGACACCGAAGCGGACAUGCACGAUCAGGGGGACUCGGAUCCCAAUUGGGAUGACGAAGAGGGUGCAUUUUCCGCAGAUGACCAGAAUGAUGAUGACGGACUGGGAGGCGCAGAGGUGUCCAGCAUGCCCUCUGGCCCGAAGCAGCCACUCUGGGUGCUGCCCCUUUACUCGCUGCUCUCCUCCGAGAAGCAAAACCGAAUCUUCCAGCCCGUCCCCGAGGGCUGUCGCCUGUGCGUGGUCAGCACCAAUGUGGCUGAGACCUCUUUGACCAUUCCCCACAUCAAAUACGUCGUAGACUGCGGCCGCCAAAAGACGCGACUCUACGACAAGCUCACCGGCGUCAGCGCCUUCGUGGUCACCUACACGUCCAAGGCCUCGGCGGAACAGCGGGCUGGUAGGGCGGGCCGCAUCAGCGCUGGCCACUGCUACCGCCUGUACUCCAGCUCCGUGUACGAGCACCAGUUCAUGGAGUUCGGCAUGCCGGAUAUCCAGCAGAAGCCCGUCGAUGACCUGAUGCUGCAGAUGCGCACCAUGGGCAUCGACCGCGUCGUCCACUUCCCCUUCCCCACGCCGCCGGAGCAAAUCCAGCUGCAAGCCGCCGAGCAGCGUCUCACGGUCCUGGGCGCCCUGCAGGCUACGCCCAACGACGCCAAGGAUUUCCCUCCGGCCGUGACUCCGCUGGGGAAGGUUAUCUCCCGCUUCCCGGUGGCACCUCGCUUCGGCAAGAUGUUGGCCCUGUCUCAUCAGCAGGACCUGCUGCCCUACACCGUGUGCCUGGUGGCCGCGCUUUCUGUGCAGGAGCUGCUGCAGGAGACAGGCGUGCAGCGGACCGAGGACGUGGCCCCCAAAGCCAACAAGUUCCACGAAAAGCGCCUGCGUUGGGCGGCGGGCGGCAACUUCCAGCUGCUUGGUGAUCCCAUGGUCCUCCUCCGAGCUGUGGGGGCGGCAGAGUAUGCCGGCUCCAGGGCCCAGCUGCCUGAGUUCUGUGUUAACAACGGACUGCGCCAAAAGGCGAUCAGCGAGGUGCGCAAGCUACGCGUCCAGCUGACCAACGAGAUAAAUCUGAACGUCAGCGGGGUGGAGCUGAGCGUGGAUCCCCAGUUAAAGCCGCCCAGCGAUUCACAGGCCCGAUUACUGCGCCAGAUAUUGCUGGCUGGUAUGGGCGAUCGAGUGGCGCGCAAGGUGCCGUUGGCUGAGAUCGCUGACAAAGAGGAACGGCGACGGCUAAAGUACGCCUAUAACUGCGCCGACAUGGUCGAUCCCGCCUUCCUGCACGCCUCCUCGGUGCUCAAGCAGAAGACGCCCGAGUGGAUCAUCUAUCAGGAGGCGUACGAGCUGCGGAAUGAUGACUCUGAGAAGAUGUUCUUGCGCGGCAUUACCGCCAUUGAGCCGGAGUGGCUGCUCCUCUAUGUCCCUCUUCUGUGCAAUAUGCGUGAUGUGCGCGACGAUCCGCCGCCGCGCUUCGAAGCCUCGUCGGGCAAGCUCCUCUGCUUUGUGGAAGCCACGUUCGGCAAGGCUGGCUGGCCACUUCCUCUAUGCGAGAUAGAAAUGCCACUCAGCGAGAAGGCCUGCUGCUACUUUGGCAUGUUCCUGCUGGCUGGAGACAUCUGUCCCCGGCUGGCGGCGUUCAAGCGGAAGCUGAGGGUCACACCCGCCACACUCAUCAAGAGCUGGUCGAACCUCAACGACAAGGUGCUGCGCUUCAAGCGCGCCCUCAUCAGCAAGGAGAUCCACACCCGCCACGCCCUGCACGAGCAGUGGGCCAGCGAGCCGAACUUCCUGCUGGAGGAGUACCACGGCUUGCUGUACGACGUGGCCCUGAGCGAGCUGACAUCCCUGUGGCCACCCCUGCUCCAGCCCCUGCCAAUGUCCUAAAAACACACGAAAUGGGACUUUUGUAUAACAAGUUUCAUUAUAUUUAUUUAAUUGAUAUACCAUAUAUAUGUAUAUGUAUGUAUAUACUUUUGUGUAUAUUAUACAUUAUUAUGAAAUUUGUUUUAAAUGUAA